CGCUAUUUAUAUACGGUAGGGAUGUUCGUAAUCGAUCGUUGGGCCAAUUUGAAAGGCACGGGUGGUGAGAGCGAGAGACGUUCGAUGCGGUCGGGUCUCGGAGAUGCAUGCAUAUCUGGCUAAUUUCGACGUGCUUCGACGUUGAUGUAUCCGAAUUAGGCACAUGGCCGUUUGACGAGAAGCUCGACUUCAAUCGGGCACGGAAAUCGGCAUCGGCACAGAGAUUUCUUCGGUCCGAGCCGAGACUACGGCUGCUGGUGCUGCCACUACUUUAGAUUGGACCUCGCCUCGCAAUAAGGUUUUACCUUCCUCUCUCGAUGGGCGGUGACGGUGGCUAGUGCUUCAAAACUGGAUAACUGGAUUUGGAAAAAGUGGAAAUCCCAGUUUUGUCCAGGCGCGUUCGACCCCCGUGCAUUUUGCGGGCUCGCUUGUCGUUUGAUCUGGACAGGCGUAGAGCUGCCUCAACAAAUUUGUCGCUGCCUCGACGAAUUCUCUGGCACGAUUCUCCGAAGAUUGUUGCCGCAUCGGUCACCGUGCUGCUGCUGAAAUUGGCUACUUCUGAACACACUCCGCGACGCAUAUGUUGGUCUGCCAGUAUAUAUACAAGCCACUUGCAGUAUCCAAGGUCUUUUUUUUCAGCGCGAGAAUCCUUCAGGGUCCUUGACUGACUGACUGCGACGCAUAUGUUGGUCUGUAGUAUACAUACAAGCCACUUGUGCGUCAGAGGUCUGGUUAUUCAGCGCGAGAAUCCUCCAGGGUCCUUGACUGACUGACUGACUUGAGCCAUCUCUGAGCUCGUGCGUGGUAACGGGGACGACAUCUGAAGUCCUGCGAUCUCCACACGGACGACAAAGGUGUUCGCUCCUCGGACCUCAACGCGGACGACGCAGGGACCAGCUUCUGUGAAGGCACCGCGGAGUAGGCAGCGUUGAGUUGUGCGACCUGAGAGCAUGGCGCUGUGGGCGAGCGCGGCGUUCAGAUCCUUGUCGGAGGUGUCAGGGCCGAGCUCGCGCUUGGUGCCUGACAUGACCGACAGGAAGCCCGCGAGGGAUAGACAGCAGCACGGGAUGGCGCUGGCGUCACUGCGAAACCCCGUGGGGCCGUCUUCGACUCCGCGCAAUCUCAAGCUGAAGUCGCUGAUGGACCACCAACGCUCGGCACUCGCCAGGCGACACCUGACGAUGAUGGAAACAUUGGAGGGAGGAAUCCUCUGCGAGUGCUGCAGAACCGGGCCCCGGCCUGGCACUGCAGCAGGAAGGGAGGAAAGGAUGCGACAGCAGUUCCGAACCAGGAGUAUGGCCGCCGAGCAUCAACGAGGCGAAGGCUCCGAGGAUGAUGAGGAGGACCCGGUGUUUCGGCUCAUCAUCGACGGGGACGCAAUCCAUACCGUGGACUGGCCGAUAAUGGAUCAGGCCGCCGUCGGGCCCGAUAACGCGAAGGCGAUUGUCAAUGGAGAUUGCAGCGCUGCCGGGAGCGAGAAGAACGGCGCGCACGCGAACGGAGCUGUGCACACGAACGGAGCGACGACGACGACGACGAAUCAGCACGACGCCCACGCAAACGGAGCUAUGCACACGAACGGAGCGACGACGACGAAUCAGCACGGCGUGCACGCGAACGAAGCUAUGCACACGAACGGAGCGACGACGACGACGACGACGAAUCAGCACGUCAACGGCAUCGACACUCGCGCGGCGGAAGCCGAGCGAGCGAACCAGGAACUUACGAAGGACCACGGCAAUGGCCGUGGCUAUGAAACCAACGGGGCUCACAAUUACGAUCACGAUCACAUGCACAGCAACGGAGCCACCACCGUCGAUCGUUCCGAGGCCGGGGCGACGGCCGAACCCACUCUCAACGGAGCGACUACCGUCGACGCGAGCACUCCCCCUGCCGCUUUUGUCGAGCAAUCGAAGAAGGUAUACAUCGAAAAGCCGACGGAGGCUCAGGCUCCAGCGACUUCGGCCAAGCCGAAGCGCGCGCAAUUGAAGCCGGCACCGAGCGCAGAAGAGCUCGAUGGGCAGCAUAUUCAAGUGAGGAAGUUCCUCAAGAACAAAAAUUUGCUCUACAUCGGAGUCACAGGCUUUCUCUGCAAAGUUGCCGCGGAGAGAACGCUGGACGUUCAACCGGACGUAGGAACGAUCUACGUCCUUGUCAAGCCGAAUUCAACCGGCGACGCACAGGCUCGAUUGCGAAAAGAUAUCAUCGGGAGUGAAAUAUUCGAAGCGUUGAAGAAAAAGUACGGAGAAGAGCGGUUCCUCGAGUUCAUGAAACAAAAGGUCGUUGCGAUCCCAGGGAACAUAGUGGAGAAAGAUCUCGCCUUAGCCCCGGCCGACGCGAAAAUGUUGAUGGAGCGCAUCGAUGUCAUUGUGAAUUCCGCCGCGACCACCAAGUUCGACGAGAGGUACGAUCUGGCGUUGGAACUCAACACUUUCGGGCCUUACAACGUUCUCGAAUUCGCCAAAAAGUGCAGCAGGCGCCCGAUGCUAGUGCAUAUUUCCACAGCUUACGUCAAUGGCAAGCGCCGAGGGGUGUCGAAGGAGGAACCCUUCGAGUAUGGCCAGACUCUUUUACCGGAAAUUCAAGACUUCGCGGACGAUCCCGACGAACCCGACGACUCGAGCGGCGUCUUCUCCGAGUGGAGAAAGCAGGCCGUGACUAAGCUCAUCAAGCCCUUCUGGCCGGCACCGGCGGACAAGGUGAAGGCAGCCAGGAAGAACCGCAUGAUAGAAUCGCUAAACGAGUUCCUGCUGGAGAAUGACGCCGAGACGGCGUUUGUCAACCCUGAAAAGGAGCUUGAAUUGGCCUUGAAGUGUCGCGCAGCACGUGAGCCUGUAGAUGAGAAGCUGCCUGUAGAAGAGAAGCAGCGUGAAGAAGAGAAGCAGCGUGUAGAAGAGAAGCAGCGCAUGGAGCUUCUGGGACACAUGAGGGCGAAUACUUUCGGAUGGCAAGACGCGUACGUGUUUACCAAGGCCAUGGGGGAGAUGAUGCUGAUGAAGUACAAGGAAGACUUACCGAUUGUUAUCAUCCGCCCCAGCGUGGUCGAGAGUACGCUGAAGAAGCCGUUCGAUGGAUGGAUCGAAGGCAACCGAAUGCUGGACCCUAUCGUGCUGCACUAUGGCAAAGGAGACCUGACGGGGUUCCGUGUUGAUCCUGAUGUUACCCUGGAUAUCAUUCCUGCAGAUAUCGUCGCCAACGUUAUUCUGGCAGCGAUGGCGAAACAUGGAGGUUAUGAGCAAAUGUACCCGUUCGUGUACCAAGUGGCCAGUUCGGCCAGCAACCCGUUGACGAUGCGACAGAUUGCAGACACUGCAUACGAGCAUUUUUCAGAGUUUCCAAUGCAGAAGAAGGAGAAAGCGGAGGAGAACGGGAAAAAAGAGGAGGAAGAAAUCAAGGAAUUGGUUUACAGGCCAAUGACGUUCAUUACCAACGAGCGUGAUUUUCAAGCGUUGCUUUUCUUCAGAUAUGGUGUGCCAAUGCAGCUGAUGGAACUCAUGUCGAGAUUUCUAAAUCUCCCGUGGAUUAAGAAACUCAUUGGAGGACGGAAUGAGAACCCGGUGGUAAAGAUCGUGCAACACUGGAAGAGGAACUGUGUUUCGCAUACUAGACGGAUCGGACUCCUACUGAGCAGUGUCACGCAUAUGGCGGAAGUCUACAAGCCGUACGUGUUUUACAAGGGCAGAUUUGAUGCGACGAACAGCGAAAUGAUCUUGACGGAAAUCGCGCCGGAGGAGAGAAGUAUGUUUAGCUAUAGUGUAAAGAAUGUAGAUUGGAGAAGCUACUUGCGUGACAGCCACUUCGUUGGGCUCAGACAGCAUGUGCUUAAAUGGCUCAGAUGUAAAAAGAUAGGCCGCAACUGGACUAUUGUGAUUCCGCCGUCGGACCCCGAAUGGAUAGGUAGAGGAGACGAACGGUAGAGGGAGGGUUGCAUGACACCAGGAGUUAUUGAAAGCAAUUACUGCUCUCCUGGUGCGAUGACUUUUCCCGCAGAGUAGAUAUUAGGUGAUUCAGUUUUCCUCUGAUGUAGUUUAGUCUAAUCCCAAUCAUAUAAUGUGCGGUCGUUGAUGGCGGAAUCGUUGCCGCAGCUAGUAGAAUAGGUGCAUUUUCCUACUAAUGCAGUGUAAUGUACAUUAGCAGGAAAAUGAUGUGAAGUUGUAAGAUGAUGUUGUAAACUGGACAAUAUGCGUUGUAGCAGGGGGCAACAGAGGCACGGGUAAGUUUGCCAUAACAUAUAUGGUGGAUAAAUAGACGGGUUUGAACACAGCGUGGAAAGGCUUUUCCAAACGGUGCGUGCAUCCCGUUCAUAGAGGCACACGGGCAGAGGAAUGUCAAAUGUCAUCAGGUUUCAAGCCUUUUUAAGCGUUGUUAAACAAGAUGAUAAACCGCCGAACUCACCGACAACGGAUCUUCGUUUUUUGUUUCGGAUUCGCAGCACGGUACAUGAGUAUGCUGUGAACUCGUUGUACCGGAAAGAGGGACCUUGUGCUUAGGCAUCUAGUUAUGCGCAGGACUGACUAUAUCGUUUCGAAUAAUGAUAGACAAAUGAGCUCGACGAAGAAGUUAUGGGACUUCAUUUGAACUGCCCAUAGAAACUCUAGGCCAGGGCCGCAGGCAUUCUUCAGCCCGAAAACGAUCUGCGGAUCUCGAGAACCGAAUUACAUACGGGAGAGUUCCUCUUCAAGAUCUAACGUUCGGACAAAGAAACACUCGAAUUGGAGACUAGACUAGGAAGUUAUGGCCAUCUGAGUGCACUUGCCCGAACUUGGGCGCUGGUAGACUUUCAUCGUCACAUGUCACACUCCUCCACGUGCUUCUGCUGUGGACUGGUUGGCCUGAGACAGUGUAAGUAACCUACUUUUUGUCACACUCCACGUGCUUCUGCUGUGGACUGGUAGGCCUGUGACCAUAUGAGUACAGUAAACUACUCUUUGUCACACGCCACGUGCUUCUGCUGUGGACUGGUAGGCCUGAGACAGUCCAAAUAAACUACGUACACGAAUCCUCGUGUAGAUCUAGCGAUCGUCUGAGUUACCUUACAGAGUAACUCGUCUAGGCAGAGUACUUGUAGAUUGGGCCUUUUGAUUUUGCUCUUUCUAGUCUUAGCAUGCUUCUACUGGAAACUGAGUAAACCAGUUGGAAGGACUGGCACAUGUGUACAUUG